AUGAACGAACCCAGCGAGAUUCGAGAUAGACGAGGCCUGAUGACUAAGACGACAACGAUGCCGGGUGUCCUCGAUGAGCCCUUGCAAGUGAGUACAGUAGAGUACAGUACAGUACAGUACAGUACAGUACAGUACAGUACAGUACGGUACGGUACAGCACGGUACGAUCAGUCCCUACCCUCUCCACCCCCUCCUACGCCCCUCAUUGGGCCAUCCCUCGUCGCUGCACGCCGAGCAAGCAGCAGCGUCUCGCCCGGUAUUCUUACACUACGUCGCCGGCCUCACACACGUAUAUUCCCUUUCUUUCUCUCACUCUUCGCUUUGCUUCAGUUUCCACCGUGCGGCCGAUCGAAAGAGUGCACGAAUUUGCGUUUUGGUCAUCUGUCUGUCUGUCUUUGUCCCAUCAGUGCCGGCGGUGAGCGAGGAAACUCGUCGCGCGGUGUUGCAGUGCGGCAAGUGACAACGUCGUCGGCCGCGGAACGGCGAGAACGAGGAAACGCCGACGAACGAGUGGAAGAGGCGGAGGCGGAGGAGGCGGAGGAGGAGGAGGAGGAGGAAGCGACGGCUGUGCGGGAGGUAAAAAAGGAGGAGGAGGAGGAGGAGGAGGUGAAGGAACCAGAGUGGCGGCGCGAAAGCGACCGGCGGCGACGGCUGACGGUGGUUUUUAGGCUGCGCACCGUCGCGCCGGCGUAUUUUGUUAUUGUUAUUAUUCUCAUCGGCGGCUGGAGUAGCUUCUAUCGUCCACCGGUGACGUGACGGAUUCCUCUACUUCCUACGGUACAGCCAUAUCGCGACCAUGUCUGUGAGAAUGGAAAACGUGGCCGCGCGGAAGAUCAAUUAUAAAAUGAUGCUACCGGUUUCUGCAAAAUCGACGAAAGCACGUACUCAGUCGCAUUACCCAUAUCUCUUCUCGCCAGCAUUGUCCCCUGUGCGCUAUAAGAAGACGGAAGCAUGCGACCGCCGGCUAAUAAUAUCCGUCGCCAGCCUAAACUCGGAUAAAGGG